AUGGCUGAUGAUGAUAGAAGAAGCAAUGAAGAAGAACACGAGUUUGAUGAUGAUGAACUUGGAAGUGACUUGGACAGUACCUUGCUUGAUGAGGACGAUGAGGAAGAAGAUGACGAGGAGGACGAUGACGAGGAGGACGAUGAGGAGGAGGACGAUGAGGAGGAGGACGAUGAGGUGGAGGACGAAGAUGAGCAGGAUGACGCAAAUUCUCAUCCGGUGCAGAAUGAACGAAGAAGGCAGGUACCUGUACCACCAGUUCAGAACAGGGUGGUUGGUGGUGGCCAAUUAGGGCUUCAAGAUACGAAUCGUGCUCGGGUGGGUGACAAUUUACUACCGAAUUAUGAGAAUUUUGGUUCUCCUUCCAUGUUGAGCAACCCUUCAUCUCCUCUUGAUUCACCGGGUUCAAGAACAUCCACAAAUGCUCGAGAGAAUAGAGACAGGGCAAGUGACCUUUUCAUGUCAAUCUCAUUGGCAGCUAAUGUGCAUCAUGACAAGAUUCGUGAACAUGCCUUUGGAGCAAUGGAUGAGCUACUUAAAAUGGCUUCUAUUGGGGAACCAUUGUGGCAAUCUAAGUCAUUUGAUAGACCUUAUGAGAUUCUAAAUGGCUAUGAAUAUUUGCACAUAUUUGGAAGUAUUGAUGAAACUUUUAAGCAGAUUAUCAAGUUGGUCGAGGUGGGUGAUUCCAGUACUUGUGAUUUAAACUAUGAUAUGCCAUAUAGAGAAGAACCAAAGCCUAAGCCAUCUGGAAUUGAUCCCCUUCGAAUUGAAGCUUCUCGAGAUAGUGUUUUCGUCCGAAUGAAUGCUGUUAAUAUUGUUGAUUUGCUCAUGAAUGUGAAACAAUGGGCAAUCACAUUUGUCAGCAUAGUCACCAAGAGCAAUGUUUCUAGGACUUUUAUCAGCAGGAUCCGGGUGACAUGGGUUGAGCAUGUUGAAGCAGAUAACUCAUCAGUUCAUAGACUCUUUGAUACACUUGUAAACUCAGGCUUUGCAUUUUGUGCAACUCGUUGGCUUAGCUGUAUAACUCAGUAUUAUGAAGAGCUCGUUGUUUUGCUAUCUCGAAGCAACCCAGUCACAUUUGGAAUAUCUAUUGCACCAGCAGGGCAAACAAGUAUACUGAAAUUAGCAGAGAGAAUGCUGAAGUUUUUUUGCCAUGAUAUAAAUGCUUCUGCUCUAAAUCCAUGGAAAGCAUUACCCAUUGAAGGAGGUGAAGAUAUCAAAUACAUGACUAGGGUUUUUGCUCUUGGUCCAGCAAGAGAGCUCUCCUACACAGUAGCUUUCACAACUUCAGUUUAUCUUCCAUGCGCACCUAAACAAACAUUCGAUUUUCUUCGAGAUGAGAAAACUCGACCCAUGUGGGACAUGAUUUCAUAUGGACAAACAGUUGAAGAAGUUGCAUAUGUGAUGGGUACUAAUCCUUUUAACCGCGUCUCUAUCCUGCAAUCAUAUACUUCUACAAAGAGGCCUGCAAUGGUGUACUUGCAGAAGAUAUACAAACAUGAGACCGGAUCAUAUGUGAUACAUGCACCUAUGGAUCCUGUAUCUGUAGCCUUGAUGCUGAAUGGUGGUAACUCUGAUUGGAUAUCUGCUUUGCCGUCAGGGUUUGUGAUAUUACCCGAUAGGUUGUCGAUGUCGAACGAGAAGGUUGGGGGGACAAUUCUCACCCUCGUGUUUCAUAUAAUUGAUAAUUCUGGUAGGCUUGGUAAUAUACCUGCAGAAAAAGCUGAUACUAUUAAGGAAGUCAUCAUUAAAACAGUUCAUUUCAUUAAACAUGCUUUAACAACUUCUCACUCAAAUCAUCCUCCUCCUCCUCCACCACCUCCACCUUUUCCAUGGAAUCAAUUCCCGGGUGAAUCGAGCUCAAACCCACAAGCUUCCAUUGUGUGGAAACCUAGGAAAUGA